ACUCGAAAUCUUCUGCCUACUUUGUCCAACCCUCCAACGUCGUCAUGAAUUUCUUGCCUGCCGCACAGUAAUCCUGCAAUGAACAACAUAUCUGGUGUUGACUAUGUGGCUCUAACAACAAUUAUCAGAGAACUUGGAAUAGAGAGCAGUUGAUCGGCAAGUCGUGGGCCAUGGAGGCCACCAAAGACAAGACCCCAGGAUCUGGUGGUCACCGGAGCUCGGGCUCUACUUCCUUUGCCGCCAUUGGAGCUGCGUUGAUUCCCACAGCGAUCACAGCAGGCAUUUUUCUCCUUGGAUUUAUUCUUCUUCGAGCAAGAUACAAGAACAUAUAUGCACCACGAACGUACUUUCGUACCAUCUCACGCAAGGAUCGGACUCCCUCGUCCAGCCACACCUCCGUAUCGUGGUAUCACGACUUUAAAGCUCUUGACGACAAAUUUAUCCUGCGUCAUUCAUCUCUAGAGGCAUAUCUAUUCCUACGUUAUCUGCGGAUGAUUGUUCUAGUCUGUGGCGUUGGAUGUUUAUUGACCUGGCCGGUCCUCUUCGCCGUGAAUGCUUCUGGAGGUGGUGACUCAACGCAAUUAGACAGAAUCUCUUUCAGCAAUGUCUCCAAAACUGAGAGACUAUAUGCACAUGCUGUAAUUGCGUGGGUUUUCUUCGCCUUCAUCUUGUUGCUCAUUACUCGAGAGAGACUUUUCAUUGUUGGACUUCGUCAAGCUUAUCAGACUAUACCCUUGAAUAACACUCGACUAUCAGCCAGAGUGGUGAUGUUUCUCGCUGUGCCGCCUGAUGGACUUCGACCUGAAAACCUUCAACGAUACUUUGGUAAAGACGCAGUCAGGUCUUGGCCAGCAUCAAAGUUGGGUCAAUUGGAGAGCAAAGUGGGCAAGAGAAACAUCCAAGUCGACAAACUUGAGGAAGCCGAGUUGGACUUUCUGCGAAAAGCGAAUAAGAAAGGUUAUGAUACCAGAAAUGGCCGUGACGGUACAACUGUUGCUACAAGUGCAGAGGACCAUCGGCCUGUUCACCGCACACACUAUGUUCUUGGGGAUAAAACCGACAGCAUAUCGCAUCUGCAAGAAGAAAUUACAUCCAUGGCCUCUGAUGUGGACAAGAUGCGUCAAGCUGGUGUGAACGAAUCGAACAUAAGACAUGGAGCUGUAUUUGUGGAAUUUAAAGACCAAGCGGCUGCGCAUUUGGCCUUCCAGCAGGUACGACACGCUUCGCCACUCUCGUUACAGCCAAAAUUUGUUGGUGUACAACCGAAAGAAGUGCUUUGGCAGAACCUCAACCUGGAUCCCUCGAUGCGGAUCUCUUACUCUUACCUUGCCAUAGCGCUAGCACUCGCUACCAUAAUGCUCUGGUCUAUCCCCGUGGGUAUCAUCGGAACGAUCUCGAACAUCAAUUACCUGACGGAUAAGUUCCACUGGCUCCGAUUCAUCAAUAAGCUUCCUGAACCAGUUUUGGCACUUCUGACCGGACUCGUACCACCACUAUUACUCAGCACUGUCGUGUCCUACGUGCCAUACUUUUUCAAGUAUGUGGCGACACUAUCUGGGCAACCCACCAGCAUUGAAGUCAACAAGUGGGCUCAAAAUUGGUAUUUCGUCUUUCAAGUCGUCCAAGUUUUCCUUAUAACCACAUUUUCAUCCGGGGCGGCUGCUGUAGCCAACAAGGUAGCCAACGAACCAACCUCGAUCCCAACGCUGCUCGCAAAGAAUCUCCCAAAGGCUUCGAACUUCUACCUGACUUACUUUAUCAUUCAGGGCCUGGGUACCGCGUCCAAGAACAUCAUCAACUACUCGGAUCUUUUCUCGUACAUGUUUUUCUACUACGUCAUGAACAAGACUCCACGACAAAAGUUCAAUACGUACACGCAGAUGAAAGGAAUCAGUUGGUUCAAUGUCUAUCCCAAAUUCACCAACCUCGCGGUGAUUGCAAUAGCAUAUUCAUGCAUUGCACCCCUGGUACUGGGAUUUGCCGGCAUUGGAAUAUUUCUGUUUUAUAUGAGUUACCGCUACAACUUGCUCUACGUGAUCCAAGUCAAGUCAGAGACGCGAGGCGAGAGCUACACUAGAGCCCUCCAGCAUCUAAUGACGGCAUUGUAUCUGGCGGAACUGUGCUUGAUCGGCCUGUUUGGCAUUAAGAAAGCCCCAGGUCCCUCGACAAUGAUGUCGAUACUUUUGGUAUUGACCGCACUCUAUCAUUUCACCGUCAACAAAUAUCUCACGCCUCUCGAGACCUAUAUGCCAGUGGAUGUCCUCUCAAAUGACGAGGAGGAGGAACGGCCUCUCCUGGGUUCCCAGGGAGACAUGACGCAGCGUUCUCGGAUACAUAGAUUUGGGGCCGGGAAAGUCCCUCCGAUCUUGCUCGACCCACUGGCUGCGUUCCUCGAGCCUCACAUCUUUGCUUCACAAGAGGCUCUUCGACCGUGGCUCCAAGACCCUGAGGGAGAGUUCGAGGAGUCAGUCUCGUACACCGAUGAGCAAUUGAGGAAUGCAUAUCUCAACCCGGCAUUGACCUCGAAAACGCCCAAGAUCUGGAUCCCGAGAGACUCCAAGGGUGUCUCGAAGCAGCUGGUCGGUGAGAAUGAAAGUUCUGGGCUGACUAGCACGGAUGAAGGGGCAGAGCUGAGUGCAUCGAAUGAGAUUAUCUGGAACCAGAAUGACUUUACAAGUGUGCCUAUUUUCAAAGAGGCAACCAGGUAUUAAUAAGCUUGUGGUGGUGAUGUCAGUCAAUGGCAUAGAUUGAUUGGGUUUGAUAUGUUACACAAAUGCUCAAAUACGACUUUUUAGACACACGAGGGUUGAUGAAAAUCGGUAUACAAGGAUUGAACGCCUACCGAAGUGAGUUAUGUUUGGACUUGUACAUGAACGUGUCCAGCCAGCCUUCAACCAUCGACCUCAUCAAGCCCCAAGCCACAUGCAGACAUUCGUCCAUUCAGCGCGAUCAACAAUUCCACAUGAUUUCAGCUCGUCUUACAUAUUACUACGUCCACUAGAGCCAACCAUUGAAACAUUCAAAAGUACAUUUCCAACUGUAAGACCUCAGCAACCCUCUUUUUCAUUUUUGUGAAAUGUUCAAAGGGAUCGGAUUGGACCAUUUUUUGUUUCAACUCCGGUCAUCACAUCUCGAUAGCCACACACGACCUGACAGACCAGACAGACCUGACAAGAGAAAAGGCAGCGUGUAACACAAAAUGACUUUG